GAUCCGACCCGAUAAGGACUCUAAGAGUAAUAAGCGUCUCGCGACUCUCUCACUCGGUUCCUGACGUGUCGCUGCUCUCUCUGAGAAAAUGACGGCGAGACCUGAAGGAAGUCCCCCGGAGGUUACACUAGAAACCUCCAUGGGUCCGUUCACCGUCGAGAUGUAUUACAAACACUCCCCGAGAACGUGCCGUAACUUCGUGGAGCUAUCACGGAGAGGUUACUACGACAACGUUCUGUUCCACAGAAUUAUUAAGGAUUUCAUCGUGCAAGGUGGUGAUCCUACUGGAACUGGAAGAGGUGGCCAAUCCAUUUACGGUUCAAAGUUUGAGGACGAGAUAAAGCCAGAGUUGAAGCACACGGGAGCUGGGAUCUUGUCAAUGGCAAACGCUGGUCCUAACACAAACGGGAGCCAGUUCUUCAUCACUUUAGCUCCAGCACCUUCAUUGGAUGGAAAGCACACGAUAUUUGGCAGAGUCUGCCGUGGUAUGGAGGUGAUCAAGAGGCUCGGUAGUGUCCAAACCGAUAACACCGACAGGCCAAUCCAUGAAGUGAAGAUUCUGAGGACCAAAGUGAUUGAUUAGAAGCAACAUUAGUAAACGAUGUUGACAUGAAGAAUUGUAACCUAUUCUAUACUGAUCCUUGCUACUACUAUGGGGACUGGUUUUUGUCAGGUUUUGACUCUUCCUGACCAAAAAAAAUGUUUCACGGUUGAUUUUAAUCAGUUCACUAUCUAUGUUUCUGUAAUACGGAUCGUUUCUAUCAAAAACCAUCUAUCCUAAUUUCUCUAUACAUUA